AUCCCCUCCCUCCUCCUUCCCCAACCCAGAGCAAACCCCUCACCCGCACCCGCAGCGCCCUGCCCUCCCGAGGCCGCAGCCUUAUCCUCUCCGCCCGCCUCCUCAACCCCGGCCCGCUCCUCCAAGGGAAACAUGGCUUCACCAUUUGGCGCCACUUCUACCGUUGGGCUCAUGGCAGCUCCAACUGGCCUUGUAUCAGACAAGAAGCCAUUUUCAUUAUCAUCUAUCUCCCUUGCCGACAGGCCACGACAUGUGCGUCUUCAGAGGAAAUGCAACUUCAGAGUUAAAGCAGCUAAGGAGCUCUACUUCAACAAGGAUGGCUCAGCCACCAAGAAGCUACAGGUUGGAGUAAACAAGCUUGCAGAUCUUGUUGGAGUUACCUUGGGACCAAAGGGAAGGAAUGUUGUUUUGGAGAGCAAGUACGGGUCCCCCAAGAUUGUCAAUGAUGGUGUUACAGUUGCAAGAGAGGUUGAGCUGGAGGACCCUGUUGAAAAUAUUGGAGCUAAGUUGGUUAGGCAAGCUGCAGCGAAGACCAACGAUUUAGCUGGAGACGGGACAACUACUUCUGUCGUCCUUGCUCAGGGGCUCAUUGCUGAGGGUGUUAAGGUUAUUGCAGCUGGUGCUAACCCUGUUCAAAUUACUCGUGGUAUUGAGAAAACAGCGAAAGCACUAGUCCUUGAACUUAAGAAGAUGUCGAAGGAGGUUGAGGACAGUGAGCUUGCCGAUGUUGCUGCAGUCAGUGCUGGCAACAACUAUGAAAUCGGUAACAUGAUAGCAGAGGCUAUGAGCAAGGUCGGACGGAAGGGAGUGGUUACCCUUGAAGAGGGGAGGAGUUCCGAGAACAAUCUUUAUGUUGUGGAGGGAAUGCAGUUUGAGCGUGGUUAUAUCUCUCCUUAUUUCGUUACUGACAGCGAGAAAAUGACCACCGAGUACGAGAACUGCAAGCUGCUUUUGGUUGACAAGAAAAUCACCAAUGCACGGGACCUUAUCAAUGUUCUGGAGGAAGCCAUCAGGGGUCAAUACCCAAUCCUGAUCAUUGCUGAGGAUAUUGAGCAGGAGGCUCUUGCAACCCUUGUUGUUAACAAGCUCAGAGGUUCUUUGAAAAUUUGCGCUAUCAAAGCCCCUGGUUUUGGAGAGCGCAAGACCCAGUACCUGGACGACAUUGCCAUCCUCACCGGAGGAACUGUAAUCAGAGACGAGGUUGGACUCACACUUGACAAGGCAGAUAAUACAGUUCUAGGAACGGCUGCAAAGGUUGUCCUUACAAAGGAGUCGACAACAAUUGUUGGUGAUGGCAGCACCCAGGAAGAAGUGACUAAGAGGGUUGCACAGAUCAAAAAUCUCAUUGAGGCAGCAGAACAAGACUACGAGAAGGAAAAACUCAACGAGAGGAUUGCAAAGCUCGCCGGUGGUGUUGCUGUUAUUCAGGUGGGAGCACAAACAGAAACUGAACUUAAGGAGAAGAAGUUGAGAGUUGAGGAUGCUCUAAACGCAACCAAGGCUGCUGUUGAGGAAGGUAUUGUUGUUGGUGGAGGGUGCACUCUUUUGAGGCUGGCUGCUAAGGUUGAUGCCAUCAAGGACACCCUCGAUAACGACGAGCAGAAGGUUGGAGCUGAGAUAGUGAGGAGGGCGCUGUGCUACCCACUCAAGUUGAUCGCCAAGAAUGCCGGUGUCAAUGGCAGUGUUGUCACCGAGAAGGUUCUUUCUAACGACAACUUCAAGUUUGGCUACAACGCUGCCACUGGGCAGUACGAGGACUUGAUGGCUGCUGGUAUCAUCGACCCCACUAAGGUGGUGAGAUGUUGCCUGGAGCAUGCUGCGUCGGUGGCCAAGACCUUCCUGACGUCAGACGUGGUGGUCGUCGAGAUCAAGGAGCCCGAGGCCGCGCCCCUCGCCAACCCCAUGGACAACUCUGGCUUCGGAUACUGAUGAGCGACAUGGCCGAGUUUCUCCGAAGGAUGUGGUUUAAUUUUUGGUAGCAUGAACCAAGUUUUGAGAGAUUGAUGAUGAUGAUGUAGUUUCGAGAUAAGGAAGAAAAAAAAUGCAAUGCGAUGUGCCGCCAGAAAGGCGAAAUAAGCAGAGAAACAUUUAGCGGAAAUUUCUUGAUGUAAUUGGAACAGACAUACGGCUCUCGUUUUACUCGCAGGAAUGUACGCCAUUUCACGUCU